ACCAUGGAACACCAUCAACCUGGGCAUCCAGCCUCUGAUAAGGCCAGGAUUAUAGAAGCAGUCAGCCCUGAAAACCGUGAGGUCCUGUCACAACCAGAUGUGCACCCCCAGGACAAGGAUGCCGGAGAUGCUGAUGGGGCAGCUAGAGAACAGGAGAUGGUAGACCAAACUUCGCCGCUGGCCCAGGGCCAGGAUAACCUUGAGUCACCUGCACCUAAUGCUAGUUCAAUCCAACUGGGGCCAGCCCACGGGACACAGCCUGAGGCAGAGACAGGAGGGGCGUGCUCCAGACCCCAGGAGCUUCCCCAGUCCCCCAGGGCCCGACAGCCGGAGGUAGAUUUCUACUGUGUAAAGUGGAUCUCCUGGAAGGGAGAACGGACACCCAUCAUCACCCAGAGCACUAACGGCCCUUGCCCUCUCCUGGCCAUCAUGAACAUCCUCUUUCUUCAGUGGAAGGUGAAGCUGUCCCCUCAGAAGGAAGUGAUCACAUCAGAUGAGCUCAUGGCCCAUCUUGGAGACUGCCUCUUGUCCAUCAAGCCCCAGGAGAAGUCAGAGGGACUUCAGCUGAAUUUUCAGCAGAAUGUGGACGAUGCAAUGACAGUGUUGCCUAAACUGGCCACAGGUCUGGACGUCAAUGUGCGAUUCACAGGGGUCUCUGAUUUUGAGUAUACUCCUGAGUGCAGUGUCUUUGACCUCCUAGGCAUACCUCUGUACCACGGCUGGCUGGUCGAUCCACAGAGUCCUGAGGCUGUGAACGCAGUUGGGAAGCUGAGUUACAACCAGCUGGUAGAGAAGAUUAUCACCUGCAAACACUCUAGCGACACCAACCUUGUGACAGAAGGCCUGAUCGCAGAGCAGUUCCUGGAGACCACUGCAGCACAGCUGACCUACCAUGGACUGUGUGAGCUCACAGCCGCUGCCAAGGAGGGUGAACUUAGCGUCUUUUUCCGAAACAACCACUUUAGCACCAUGACAAAGCACAAGAGUCACUUGUACCUGCUGGUCACCGACCAGGGCUUCCUGCAGGAGGAGCAGGUGGUAUGGGAGAGCCUGCACAAUGUGGAUGGGGACAGCUGCUUCUGCAACUCGGACUUCCACCUGAGUCACUCCCUUGGCAAGGGACCUGGAGCAGGAGGUGGGAACGGCUCCCCCGAACAGCAGCGGCUCGUAGACCAGGACUACCUAAUCGCCUUGUCCCUGCAGCAGCAACCACAAGGCACGUUGGGUCUUAGUGACUUGGAACUGGCCCAGCAGCUUCAGCAAGAGGAGUACCAGCAGCAGCCAGCAGUCCAGCCUGCACCAGGGCGGGCCUCCCCACAGGACAUGGGGCCCAAUUACCAAGUCCUGAUGCGCAUCCUUAUCUCUCGAAGUGAGACUGACCUUCUAAGCAUCAGAGCUGAGUUCAAAAAGAAAUUUGGGAAGUCCCUCUACUCUUCUCUCCAGGAUGCAGUGAAAGGGGACUGCCAGUCUGCCCUACUAGCCCUGUGCAGGGCUGAAGACCUUUGA